GCGCACCCGGAGUCUCGCAUAUGCUUUCAGAGACACUGUUAUAAGCAUUGAUAUGAAAUGCAGUUUACGUUUAACUGUUAAGUGCUUUCAGUCGUAUCGUUUGAAACUCAAAAACACACAUUUCGUUCAUUCAAUGAUUGCCUUAUAUAUUGUUUGUUAACUUAUUUCUUUAAAAAUAAUAAUAAUAUCCCAUUAAAAAUACAUACUAUUUAUUUGAAUAUCUUAUUUCAUCGGUUUUUUUAAACAUAUAUUCAAAUGUCCGCUGCUUUAGUGUCCUCGACAUUCUUCGGCGACUUCGGUGACCACUAUCGGUCCAACGGAUCGACAGCUCUUCAAACUUCACCGAAAAAUAGUUUUGGCUCUCAAUUAGUAGACAAGUCGUCGAUUUACAACACUGUCCAACAAAUUAAUAAUAAUAAUAAUAUUAUUAAUAAUAACAUUAACAACGCUCUCAGCAAUACUACAGCCAAUAGUAAUGUAAAUGUUAUGAGCCGUCGGUUAGUGACCACAACAAACAGUGUUCCCUUAAAUUUGAAUUCACAUCGACUCCAGACUUCGACAACAGUGCCAGCAAUGCAUCAGAAGAGCCUUCUUCAGGGUGUCAAUCAAAACAAUACUCAGACACCGCCGCCGCCGAUCACUCUGGUCAGGGGUCUGACCACUCAGUGCUCUCUAACUAAUAAUAAUAUUAUCAAUAAUAAUAAUAACAAUACGAUUAACGCCAACAUUGGCAACAAAGAGCACAAGAAGUUGGACCGCAGUUAUAGCGAACCGGCAGAGAAACAAUGUCAACAGCAAUUGGUUCGUCUUAACUCGACAUCGGCAGCAGUGGCCGGUCCUAUGUCUUCACGGUAUAAAACAGAGCUAUGUCGCAGUUUUGGCGAAGUGGGCACCUGUAAGUACGGUGAUAAAUGUCAAUUCGCACACGGAGGACAUGAACUCAGGAUUAUUACAAGACAUCCCAAGUUUAAGACAGAAAACUGUAAGAGCUUUCAUUCGACUGGAUUUUGUCCGUACGGUCCGCGAUGUCAUUUCAUACACAAUAGCGAAGAACAGAAGAAAAGCAUUAUGAAUAACUUGGGAUCGGCUGAUAAUAAUACGAGUCCACAAAAUGGUGGUAAUAUUAUGACCAGCAAUGGUCAUAACAAUAAUAAUAAUAAUAAUAAUAAUAUGAUGAAUAACAUGAACCUAAACAACGCAAACAACUCAAUGGUUAACCAUUUGAGUCAAGCAUUUGGUACGGCUUUUCAAUCCAAUCAAAGCUYACAUACAUUGCGUCCAAAAUCGUUGUCUAUUGGAAGUUAUAGUUUGGGCUCUUCAGGAGAGAUCUCACCGCCGAGUAGUCAGAGCGGAAGUCCCACUUCACUCAACAGUUUCUUCACCGAAGAUCCGUUUAACGCGUUUAUAUCGCCAGCAAAUCAGGCGUUGGGCACCUGUGCUAACAAUGCUUUUUCAUUUUCACCUGAUUUUCAAUCACUCAUGUCUUCUAACAAAUCUGGUUUUAGUGGAUCACAACCCACACUUUGUCCGCCCUUUGGUCUAAACGGUAAUCUAAACAACGAAAUUACCAAUGGAUCCAUUGUUAUGCCAAAUCUAUUUUCGAAUCAAUUAAUUACAUCCAAUAUGAGCGAUGGCAUGACAUCAAGUUUGUCAACAACACCACCUCCACAGACACCGAAAGGUUCGUAUCCGAUGGCACCGGACUCGCCGGUCGAUAGCAUUGCAUCGGAUGUUGAGGCACUCAAAUUGGAUCAAACAUCGGGUUCACCAAUGGAUGUAAACAAGAGUCUUCCACGACUACCGAUAUUCGCCAGAUUUUCUAUCAAUGGUGGCUCUGAUGAAUAAGACAUGUCGUUAAGUAAGAAAAGGCAGUCAAAAACACCAUACAUUUGAAUACACCUAAAAACCCAACACUUUAUUUAUUUGACACUAUUAUUGUCCACACAUUUUGAGAGACUAAGCGCUGGAAUUUAGCCCCACUUUUAUCAUACACUUUAAAACCCCUCUUAAUAUAAGCCACUCUCAGGUAAUUUAUAAUACUUUUGUGUGAAUAUAUAUAUAUAUAUAUAUAUAUAUA